UAUCUAUGUAAAGUGCGUUGAUGAUGAACACUCGCGUGAUUCGCGUGGAGGAGUGAGCGUAUAAAAAUAUCUGAAUUCCCUCGCGAGUCGUGAUGCUCCUCGUGACCAUGAAUCACGCCACGAAACCCAUCUCCGCAACUAUCUCCAAACCACACGAACACGUUUUGUCACACGCGUGAACCCAGCGACAUUAAAUUGGGCAGCAGCGUGGAAAUAUGACUCGCGCGAGCGGAAUCGAGCGACGCUGUGGAUGUUUCACGCGCGCGGUCUCUUACAUGGUGGUUUUAAGGUGCCGGGGCGAGGCAUCAUGCGAUCAACCUGAGCGUGAUUGUUCCACCUGGAGGUUACAGGAUGCCGGUGCAAGCAGCUCAGUGGACUGAGUUUCUAUCCUGCCCCAUCUGCUAUAAUGAGUUUGACGCCUGCAGCCACAAGCCCAUCAGCCUGGGCUGCUCGCACACCGUCUGCAAGACCUGCCUGCACAAACUGCACCGCAAGGCCUGUCCUUUUGACCAGACGGCCAUUAGCACUGACAUUGAUGUGCUGCCUGUCAACUGUGCCCUCCUGCAGCUGGUGGGGGUGCCGGUUCUGGAGGGAGAGAAUGUGAGUGUGGGCAGUGUUGAAGACACGAGACAUUAUGAAGUGUGCAGGAUCUGUGUGGAGGAGCUGGCGCUGUAUCUCAGACCAAUCAGUGGAGGAAAAGGUGUAUUGACCCUCAGUCAGAGCACGCUCAGUAGGCCCAUGCAGAGGAAGCUGGUGACCCUGGUGAACUGCCAGCUGGUUGAGGAGGAGGGGCGAAUGCGUGCGGUCCGGGCGUGCAGAUCUCUGGGUGAGCGCACCGUCACUGAACUGAUCCUGCAGCACCAGAACCCACAGCAGCUCUCCGCCAACUUAUGGGCUGCUGUGCGGGCACGCGGCUGUCAGUUUCUAGGACCGGCCAUGCAGGAAGACGGUCUGAAGCUGGUGCUGCUGGCUCUGGAGGACGGCUCUGCUCUCUCGCGGAAGGUUUUGGUGCUGUUUGUGGUGCAGAAACUGGAAGCGCGCUUCCCUCAGGCGUCUAAAACCAGCAUCGGUCAUGUAGUUCAGCUGCUGUACCGCGCCUCCUGCUUUAAGGUGACCAAACGUGAUGAAGACUCCUCACUCAUGCAGCUCAAAGAGGAGUUUCGCACGUAUGAAGCCCUGCGCCGCGAGCACGACACUCAGAUCGUUCACAUCGCCAUGGAAGCAGGACUGCGUAUCUCACCGGAGCAGUGGUCGUCGCUGCUGUACGGGGAUCUCAUGCACAAAUCUCACAUGCAGUCAAUCAUAGACAAGCUUCAAUCCCCAGAAUCCUUUGCAAAGAGUGUGCAGGAGCUCACCAUAAUCCUGCAGAGAACAGGAGACCCAGCCAACCUCACCAGCCUCAGAGCUCCUCUCGAGCGGCUGGCCGGCAUCGACCACAACCCUGAUGCGGCCGCUCCAUCCUGGGCAGAGCUGGAGAGUGUGUUAUUGGCUGUGAAGGUUGUUGUCCAUGGGCUGGUGGAAUUCAUCCAGAACUUCAGCAAAAAGAGCAAUGAAAGCCCCCAGGCUCAACCCAACAGCAAGUACAAGACGAGUAUGUGCAGGGACUUACGGCAGCAGGGCGGCUGCCCAAGAGGGGCCAGUUGCACUUUUGCCCACACGCAGGAGGAGCUUGAGAAGCACAGAUUGAGGAAUAGGAAACCCAGCGGGGCGGUGAGGCCCUUCCUAUCAGUUCCAGCAGUUGUGCUCAAAACGGGCACCAAAGGAGCAGUCCCAGGGUCAGAGGUGAAGAACCACGAGAAAGACAUCCCAGAGGAUGCAUCUCCCACUCAGCUCAUCCCAAGAGGAGGAGACCACCAUGAGGACAACACGCUCCCCAAUAGUGCUAAUGGACUGCCUGCUGCCAGCUUAGAACAAAAUCCCGUCAGUCGGAGCCAGUCCUCUGUGAUAGCUUCAGGAUUGUCAACAGAGGACGACUGUGGUCUCCUCAAACACGGGCCUGUCCCAACGAGAGCUCAUCCUAAGAUUUACUACUCUCAGGACCAGAGACCAUAUGACCUGUCACCCUACCACCAACCUGCCUUUCCUCCUCACAAGUCAUGCAAUGCUCGUUUCCAUCGUUCCAGCAAUGUGCCCGAAUCCAUGUUACCCCCUUCAAUGGGCCCUCUGUACCCAGAUCAGCACCCCUCUAUUCCUCCUGCAGACAGAUUAGGCCCCGCCCCGUAUGGGCCACCCUCGACUUACACCUCUAUGUCCCACGCACAUGGCAUGUACACCCCAGUCUACGACAGCAAGCGCAUGUGGAGGCCUCCGCUGUAUCCCAGGGAUGGCGGGAGGAGUAACUCUCUCCCUCCAGAGGUUUUUCAUUCCACCAUCUACCAGCCGCCCCUCAGGGAGCGCUUCAACUCGCUGGACAGCCCCUACUGCAGCAGAUCGGAGCAGAGAACGGCAAUGCACAGGGACGCGUACUCCCGUGUUCCUCUUGGCUAUGAGGAACUCUGUCGCCACAAACAGGAACAGUGGAUACAUCACCACAGCAACAUGAACAGGCCCUCCCAGUCCUCCCCAGUCUUCACUGUGGAUAUGUGUCCAGAGCAUCCUGAGGGUGUAGGUGGUGGGCGUAUGACUUGUAAGUGUCAUGGUGGAGAAGAGAGUCUUGCCCACUAUUCGCCCUGGUCGUGCAGCACCAUCAGCCCAUUUGAAUCAGAGCCCCACCAUUUGUCAACCCACUCCUGUUCCAAACAGCUAGAUGGCGAGAGUGGCGGCAAAUGGUGGCUGCACAUGUUCGAGCCCUACAGGCGACUGAAAGAUGAAGAUCCCAUCAUUCCUUUUGGAGAGGGGCCCAUCAUCUCUAAAUGGGGAGCCAUCUCCCGCGCUUCCCGCACUGGCUUUCACACCACUGCCCCGGUCCAGGCCACUGCAUCGCAGGGGUGCGCCGGCACCACUUCAGUCAACUUCAGAGACUAUAGCUGUCAUACUGGUCACAGUGACCUCAGAUGGGUCCCACGUGGUUCUGACUCUUCUAGUCACUCCAGCCUUCUAGAAAGUGAUCAGCUGGCCGUGUCAGGGCUGCAUGUAAGGCAUAAUUCCUUCAGCAGCGGGUCAAAGCAGGGCACAGAUCUGCUGGGGAAGGAUGGGACGGAGAGUGAGCCUGACAGAGACAUUGAGCUGGAGCUGUCCGCUCUGGACAUGGAGGACACAGAGACACAGGACUGCAACUCUGUGGACUCUAUGGGAACGCAAAGCCGCUCCCAGAACAACCACCUCUCUGCAGUCUUCUGUGAUCCAGCGGCAAGUUCUCAGCUGGAAAACAACCUGCCUGACAGAAUGGACACCCAUCUUAUGAAGAAGAUGGCAUUCAGAAAGACCCUCUCUCCUGGAGACCUCAGUAUGGGGAAGAUGCGGAUGAGGACAUGCUCGCCCAGGCCUGGAGAUCCUCAGCGACACAGUCCAGGACCUGAGAUGCUGCUAAACGGGAACUGAGGGGGGCUGAAAACACCAGUCCUCCUCAUGUUCUAAUUCCAUGUGAUCAUGCCAAGAAUCCACCAUCCUCCUUAGGUAGAAGGUAGAGUUGCCCUUAUAGGAGUCAAUCGAGGCAGCGAGACGCAGCCGAAAGCCUUCUGUAUUCAUGUGUUCUCUUCAUAAGAGCUAGCUAUGCCCUGUAAUUGUAAUCACUCAUCAUCUGUUCAGAGUCAGUUUGUUUUUCUUAAUCACUGCUAGUGGAUGAAUGUUCACGUUGAGUCACAACUCCACCUCAGGUAACUCUCGACGUCAGCCAAUCAGAACUCUCUCCAAGCCAGGAAACCAAUUACCCAUGUCCCGUAACUCUGUACAGAAGUGACGGUUCUUACUAGCUUUUAGCACACUGAGGAAACCAUAAUCUACUGUAUGAUCAUUAUAUAGCGGACUCUACCAAUAUAUAUUAAGAAUAACCAAGGUGCUUGGAAUCUAUAGUACAUGCAUUAUUAUUAUUAUUACAGUGUUAGCCACUGAAAUGUAAUGUGCAUUAAUUGUUUGUUGGGCAUCAUUGAUUGUAAAAAAAACAUUAAUUGAUCAUUGUUUAAAUGUACUGCAUGUGUGUGCAUUGUGGUAUAUGUCUGGUAUCUCUAAGAGACAUUUCACAGGCAAUCAAUCAAUAUUUUGUAGAAAUAUUCAAAAGAAACAGUUCACCCAAAAAUGAAAAGUCUGUCAUUCUGAACACAGCGUUAACUUGUGUGUUAUUUCCGAGUCUUAUGAAGCCUUACAAUAAAUUUGUGUGUGGAAUUUAUACAAGUAAUCUCUGAAAUUUAAUUGGCCAUUGGCAGUGUUGUAGUCGAGUCCAGCUUGUUUGUGUCCAAGUCCACCAAUGAAUAAUUACGCAGAGUCAAGACCAUGACCAGAAGAGGGUUGAGUCUGACUCAGAGUCGAAGAGGACCAGAAGAUGGAUGAGUCUGAGUCAAGACAGAUACCAGAACAGGGUCAAAUCAAAGUCAAGACAGAGACCAGAAGAGGGUUUAGUCUGAGUGAAGACAGAGACCAGAAGAGGGUGGAGUCUGAGUGAAGACAGAGACCAGAAGAGGGUUGAUUCCAAGUCAAGACUAAAAUCAAAAGACUGUCGCAUCUGUGUCAAGACAGAGACCAGAAGAAGGCCAAAUUCUAGUCAAGACAGUGACCAGAAGAGGGCAUAGUCUGAGUCAGGACAGAAACCAGAAUUGGAUUGAGUCUGGGUCAAGAUAGAGACCAGAAGAGAGUCACAUCUGGGUCAAAGCAAAAACCACAACAGGGCAGAGUCUGAAUCAAUACCGGAACCAGAAGAGGGCCGAAUCCGAGUCAAGAGAGAGAACAGAAAAAGGCAGAAUCCAACUCAAGACAGAGACAACAAGAGGGUUGAGUCUGAGUGAAGACAGAGACCAGAAGAAGGCCGAAUCCAACUCAAGACAGAGACCACAAGACGUCUGAGUCCAACUCAAGACAAAGACCAAAAGAGGGUUAAUUCCAAGUCAAGACUAAAAUCAGAAGAUAGUCACAUCUGGGUCAAGACAGAGACCAGAAGAGGAUUUAGUCCGAGUCAAGACAGAGACCAGAAGAGGGCAUAGUCUGAGUCAGGACAGAAACCAGAGUAGGAUUGAGUCUGGGUCAAGACAGAGACCAGAAAAAAGCCAAAUCCUAGUCAAGACAGAGACCAGAAGAGGGCAGAGUCCGAGUGAAGACAGAGACCAGAAGAAGGCCGAAUCCAACUUAAGACAGAGACGACAAGAGGGCUGUCCAACUCAAGACAAAGACCAAAAGAGGGUUGAGUCUGAGUGAAGACAUAGACCAGAAGAGGGAAGAGUCCGACACAAGACAGAGACCAGAAGAGGGCCCAGUCUGAGUCAAGACAGAAACCAGAAAAAAGCCAAAUCCUAGUCAAGACAGAGACCAGAAGAAGGCCGAAUCCAACUCAAGACAGAGACGACAAGAGGGCUGAGUACAAAUCAAGACAAAGACCAAAAGAGGAUUUAGUCCGAAUGAAGACAGAGACCAGAAGAAGGCUGAAUCCUAGUAAAGACAGCGACCACUAGGGGGCAUAGUCUAAGUCAGGACAUAAACCAAAAGAGCAUUGUGCCUGGGUCAAAACAGAGACCAGAAGAGAGUCACAACAGGGCAGAGUGAAUUAAUACUGAGACCAGAAGAGGGCCCAGGCUGAGUCAAGUCAGAGACCAGAAGACAGUUGAGUCUUAAGCAACGCCAAGCCCAUAAGAGAAUCAAGCCUGGAUCCAUGACAAGACCAAGACCAUGAAUAAAUGGUCCUUAGACUUAGUACUACAACAGAAUUUUGGUAAUUUUUCGGUGAACUGUAUCUUUAAUAGCUAUAAGCAACAAACAGCACAACAGAAUUAAACAGUUCAGUCUUGUCUGAGGAUGUGGAAUUGUUUAGUGUGUAUGAAACGUCUAAUACAGUGACGGUUCCUGUCUGUUGUUAACAAUAGUCAAAAGGUCACUUCGGUUUUUGUUUUUGCUGUUGUUUAUUCCUGUAGUUUCAGUUUGAAGAAUACAGAUGAUUAGACUGAGUUUUAGGGUUCUUUAUUGUCCAAAAUUCUUGUUUUCUCUGAUUUUAUUACAAAACAUUGCUAACUUCCAUGAAGUUGUUGUUGGGAUAUUUUUUAUCAGUUUUUAAUCGUUUGGUCAGCAUUUUGAAAGUACAAUGAACCCCACAGUAUUUACAAACCAUCACAUGUUUUUGAGGAUUAUUUCCUGCUUGAUUAAGAGUAAAUAGAGGGAAAAUAAUCACAAUAACUCCAAAACUGUGGCUGUUUUAAUAUAGAUUUGUGCACUGUAGUGUUCCUCAAAGGAGAUGAAAACUGUGUAACAGCGCAUAGGAAAACUCUCCUCUUAAAAUAGCAUUUCAGUAUCUCAUUUAUGACAGGAUUGUUUUUUGUUUUAUAUUUUUCUCCAGUCACUGAUUUGUCUUUUGUUAAAUGUGUUGCCCGGACCAGUUAAGUGUGUGUAUACGUUUGUAUUAGUGUAUGGAUGUGCAUAUUGUCUUAAGCCUGAACAAAAUAUGAAUAUGAAUGCAUUAUCACUUAAGACUGUUAAUCACGGUUUUACUUAUGUGGUAUUAGAGCUUUUCCACUGAAAUGAGAAAUGUGGAGUGAAUCUUCCUGGGCUCGGCUCAAGCGCUGUCUCAUUAAAUAUCAUUUUGCCUCCUGCAGUGUUUUUCGACAGGUGAUGUUAUAGCUGCACCUUCCAGCAAAUAAAUUUUUUUGCAAAAUGCUUUUUAAACUAUAUACAGAUUUUUUAUUAUUUUUAAUGGAUGUGUCCUAGUGUGUUUAAGCAUAACAGCUUGUUGAUUUAGUGUCCAUGUAAAGAAUUUUGCCUUUCAAUUUGAUUUAUAUUCUGUUUGUUCGAUAAGAGAGUUUUAAAAAUGGCACUGGGUUGGUAACAAUACAAGUUUUCAUUUUCUCGCUAGCUAUCAAAUGGCCUUUUCCUUUUUUUUAUCGCCCCUUGCGAUGCAGCAAAGCCUUAUUAGUACAUGUUUGACUCGUUUAUCUGCCCAGCUCAGCCCUGUUUCAUGCAUGCUGCCUUUGGCAAAGAGGUUCUUUGGCAAAGGAAGUAUGAUUGUGUAGUUGUGUGACACAACACCCCAGUGCUGUGAGUGUCCUGCACUGUAUCUUGCAUUUUACUCAACUCCUAUAGCACUUACUUUCUGCUCUUAUGGAUUAAUAUCAGGAUUAUGAUUGUUAUUGUUUUAUAUCCAUAGUUCUGUAGUUUUCUUUCCCUUGGAAAUGUCAGUUUUGUUUGCAUUUAAAUUUUAAAAAUUUGCUUAGCCGUAAUAAUGGGGCAGGACGUGUUUGGUUGUGAUAAUGCUUGUUUAUGUCCUAUGUGCAACUGCAAAAAAACGAACUGAUGUGUUGGAUAUUUUUACGUCUGUAUUAGACAUUUUAUUUGCAAAUCUAUUGUUCGAUUCAACUGUAAAUGAAUAGAAGAUGGGCAUCCGUCAUUUUAUAUAACCAGAGCCAUCAUUAGAUGGACAUACUGCACAUUUUUAUGAUAUAUAAUCAGAUAUAUGAGGCUAUUUAUGGUCACAGAGAGAAAGAUUCUAAAAGUCAGGAAUAUCUUUUGAUGAAAUAAUAGUAGAAAUUAUUUAUAUUGCAUUUGUUUCUUUUUAAAUACCACCGGGCAAAGAUUUCCCUUUUGCUUGUGGCAAUGCAAGGAAGAAUAUAUAGAAAUGUAGCCAAUGCACAGUCAAUUCUUACUGGUUUUUUGUUUGUUAUUGCUCUUGAAUCUUGCCUAAGCUUGGCUCUGACAUGUAGGGCAAGCUGGUGAGAUGAAUCUAAAGGUCAUGACAUGUAGUUGCAUGCCAAGAUAAUAAAACACAGUUACAAAGUCA